AAGCCAGGAUUAGGACAGCUUUUUGUUGUUUUCUCUCUGUAACGGCGUGUCGACACCGCAGCUGAGCCAUGUAUGACCAUGGAGGUGACCAGCCAACCGUAAAGUAGAAAACACCGACCCCUUUUGGUGUCAACACUGGGCAAAAAACAAUGUACAGCCCGCGACAAUCACCGCUACCGCACGACCACGGUGGAGCGGGUGAUCGUGGGGAAGCUACCGGGAGUUCAAGCCGCAGUAGCUCAGCGUCGGGAUCGGGGACACGUUCGCCGUCGCGUUCAGCUCGUAUGCGUUCCUCUCGCCCGGACGUGAGCUCUUCCAUGACUUCACUACCAAUGGAGACUGUUCAGUCGUUAAAUGCUGCCUAUAAUGCCGGACCCAUGUACAUUGGAGAGGGGAUAGGUAGCCCAGUGCAGGGGAGAGCCUCCCCGGUGUCAAGCGGGGCGAGUGGCAAGUCCAACUCGCUGUCACCUCGGAAUUCACCGACCCCAAGCCGUUCCAGUAGUCUUGGAUCAAGUCAGGGAUUCCAGGGCUCCCCACUCACAGGGUCGGACGGUGCUGAGUCCCAGGGGGAACAUCUCGCAUCCAAUAACUCCAAUUCCACGCACCACCACCCAGAGGACAUGCGCCCACCCCGAGAGGCCAUGCUCCUUGAUGUACACACCCAACUAAGAGAAUACCAGCUUGAGAAUGCCUCUCUCAAGCAAGAACUUGAGGCCAAGGAGACUAAGUUAGCCUCCAGUAUGAACAGUAUUAAGACAUUCUGGAGUCCGGAGUUGAAGAAAGAGAGAGCAGCGAGGAAAGAGGAGGCUACAAGGAUGCAAGUACUGAAGGAUCAAUUCCGCACAUCCAUGGAGGAAAACCAGAACUAUUGCCAGGAUGUCAAGCAACUACACGAAGAACUCCAACAACAGCGAGAAUUCAAUGCCCAGCUCCAGGCCUCGCUUUCAACGCAUGCCGUGUCUGGAGCACACCCCCACCACGAGGUGGACGCACUGCGCUCAGAGCGCGACCGCCUCUCCAAGGAGGUCUUCCUCCUGCGUAAAACGCUGGAGGAAAUGGAGAUCCGCAUCGAGACGCAGAAGCAGACGCUCGCUGCCCGAGACGAGAGCAUUAAGAAACUGUUAGAAAUGCUCCAGAGCAAAGGGUUAUCGACGAAGCACCUGGAGGUGGAGCGGGAGGAGGCGGACCGGCUGAGGUCAAAGGUCGUGGAGGCGGAGUCACGGAUUCUACAACUUGAGACGAUGCUUGAUCAGAGGAAUCGGGAGAGAGGUAGACUGGCUGAUGAACGUCAAAAAUAUGCUGCCCAGGCCGGCUGGUUUGAACAGCAGUUAGCGGACAGUGUGUUGCAAUCUGAAGAGUCAGUGCAAAAGAACGUUGUGAAAUCCCUAUGUGAAACUGCACGAACCAAGGAUGAUAAGAUUGCUUCCUUGGAGAACCAGGUCUUGGAAUACAAAGAUGAAUUGAGGAGAAUCCGAUCUCAAGGUUCAUUGACCCCAGAGGAGAGGGAUGAACAACAGAGAGAGAUUGAAGAUUAUAAGAGUCAUUCCAAACUACUCAAGAAUCAGGUCGAUCAAUUAAAAUUGGAACUGAACAAGAAAUCCUCAGAAGUCCAAGCAUUACAGACCAAGAUAGAAUCCCUAACCCACCAGCAGCAAGACUACCAAGCCCAUGUUAGUCUCCUCAAGGAGUCACUGGCAGCCAAGGAGCAACACUCCAGCAUACUACAGGCUGAUGUCGAAGCGUUGCGUGCCAGAAUUGACGAGAAAGAGAUGACCAUCGUCCGUAAGGAGCAACUACUGAGCACGCUCAGUACAGAUAAGACCAAACGCUACUCGGAGGUCAGUGAACUCCGUGAGAUGGUGGAGAUUAAAGACCGUAAAAUCAUUGUGCUCCAGAGAAAGCUGUCUGAUUUGACAAAUGUUGUGGACAUCAAGGACCGGAAACAUAACAUACUACAGAUCAAGAUUGACAACCUCCAGGAACAACUUCAAGAGAAAGAGGAGCAGUACCGCCAGACCCGAAGUAAACUAACCAGUGUCCAAGCUGACCAGACCAGCUCGGACAGUGCCAUGUCCAGUCUGGAAGAUGCCCUGAUGGACAAGGACAAGGCAAUGGAUCGACUGAAGGAACAGCGGGAGCGUUACAACAAGGAGCACGAGGAACAAGUUGAGGGCUACAAGAAACAGCUGAAGGAUCUCAGGACACGGCUGGAGACAGUACAGAAGGAGCUUGCAGAAAAAGAGGCAAGCUUACUGGACCUCAAGGAGCAUGCCACCACUCUCGCUUCCUCAAGCCUCAAGAAAGACUCCAGAAUAACCACUGUGGAACUGGCAGUGGCGCAAAAGACCGAGGAAAUCGCUCGGUUAGAGUCUGACGUGAAGAAGAAAGCUCGCAAAAUACACAUGCUGAGAGAAGACAGGGAGGAGAUGGAGAGGCAAUCUGCCAAGUCGCAGGAGGACACCACCACGAGACACCGAGAGGAGAUUGAUAAGACGCAGAAUGAGGUGGACCGCCUCCUGGAGAUCAUGAAGGAGAUGGAAGGAGAGAAGAACGAUAAAGAUAAGAGAGUUACUGAACUUGAAACUGUAAUCAGAAGGCAUUGUCCGGGACAAUUGAAGGAUGCCACCAAGAGGCUGACAGGUGUCAAGAGAGAUCAGCAACUACAGAAGAGGAAGAAUGCUCAACUCCUUGAGGAGGCAAGAAGACGUGAAGGAGAACUCAGUACAGAUACUUCACAACUCCAGUCCUUUGUGAAGCAGAGGGAUGACAGGAUAGAGGAAUUAGAGGAAGCUUUGAAGGAGAGUGUUAGCAUCACAGCGGAUAGGGAGAUGGUUCUAGCUCAACAGACUCAGACAAUCACUAAUCUACAGAGACAGAUCGACAGUCUGAAGAGGGAAUUGGAGCAAGUGAAGAAGCAGCUUUCCACUGCUAGUAAUAAGCUGUCUACAACCACCACCGUACUCCGAGAUAAAGAAGCCAAGUUGAGUGCCUUGCAGAUGGAGAGAAGGAAGACACUGGAAGAAGCAAUGGAAAUGAAACAAGAAGCAAUAACUGCAGCGAUUGGAGAGAAGGAUGCCCAUAUAGCUCUCCUGGAGCUCAACCGUAAGAACCCUAAAGCCUGCGAGGAACUCAAGGGUCUUAAGAAAGAGAAAGACGCCCUCGUACAACAACUCAAAGAUGAGACACAAAGUCGUAUCAAGUUUAUACAUAAUUGUAACGACAGUGAGAAAUCAACCCAUAGUACCUUAGAGCAAUCUCCAAAUACUCCAGACCAAGAUGAGGAGGACACCAUAUGGGCAUAGAUGCUUACUUAACCCAGCAGAGCCUGCCUAAGCUACCUGCACAGGUACUUCAAGCCGGGUUCACCGGAGCGUACAAGAGUGUGACCUUGUAGAGGAUGCUGUGCUCUCUGACCCCUCACCUUUGACCCAAUGCUGUGCGCUUUGAACUCUCACCUUUUGACCCUAUGGAUGUGGAAGGAGUGUUUCCUGCCAAUGACUGAUGUGUAAUUUAUGACCUUUUGUCGACAUUUACUCUCCAACGUGUGCUGUAAUUGUAUGAGUCUACUUUUUGUAUUCAGGGUGACCUUUGACUUAUGACCCCUUCACGCAGGAGUAGUGGGCAUGUAAUUAACAUAUAUUCUAUUUGAAUUUGAUGUUAAAUUUGCAUCCCAGAUAAUAAAAAAAUCAAUUCGGUUUUUACCCAUAUACAC